AUGACGUCCAUUGGAACAUCGCUCGUCAAAUAUCGAUUAUCUAGAACCAUAAAAAUCAAAUCAACACUACAGCAAAAACACAUUAUUCUACGUCAUCGUCAUCGGAUAAAUUUACUUGAAUUUCUUCGAAAAAAUAAUCAUCAAUAUAUCCUUGCUAAUAAUAGUACAAUGUCGAAAGCCUUCAUAGAUGAACUUGAUCAUAAAAUGCAACAAGUUCGUGAAUACGCACUCAUUGCCCAUGGUUACCGUAAUGAGAAUAUGCAAUAUCCUGUUCAUGUUCGUCGUAGUCAUGAUGGAGAAAAACUAUCGCGAACACCAUCACAACUUUCAAAAUCCAAUCGUGAUCAUAGAAAAAAUCCGCCGCCAACUACAACUAUAUUAGCUCCAUCGUCGCAUGAAAAUUUGACUAAAAUAAAACAAGAUGAAACAGUGACAAGACAUUUAUCGUAUGAUGAACGUCAUGCCGUAUCGGUUGCGCCACCCAAUAAAACUAUUAAUGAUAUCGAUCCAUCAUUAAAUCAUGAUAAACUUCAUAAAAAUAAAAAAUCUUCAUUGCCACCAAAUGAUGCAUCUACAGUUUAUUGUUCGUCAAGACCCCAUUCAAUUGCAGCUAUAUCCCUAUCGUCAACAUAUGAUCAACAAGUCAAUUCGCUAUUGAAUUCAACCCAAACAUUGAUUAGCCAGCCGACGCCAACAAAAACAUUGACACAGAGACUUUUUUCUAAAUUUUUCAAUGCGCCAUCAAAGUCUUGA